CUCCGCGAUGGCUGCGGGUGGUCGGCCUCCGACUUGGACUUCCUGACGGCGCCUGCAAGCGGGAUCUCGCCAGCCGGCUUCUUCAUCAUGUACCCGCCGCCGCCGCCGGCGCCUCACCGGGAUUUCAUCUCAGUGACGCUGAGCCUUGGCGAGAGCUACGACAACAGCAAGAGCCGGCGGCGGCGUUCGUGCUGGAGGAAAUGGAAGCAGUUGUCGCGUUUGCAGCGGAAUGUGAUUCUCUUCGCCUUGGCCUUUCUGAUUCUCUGCGGGUUCCUGUCCUAUGUCCAGGUGGCUGACCAUUGGAAAGGUCUGAGUGGCAGACCCACAGAAGAGGAGAAGAUGAGGCCAGAAAUCCCUGGGUUGAAACCAGCAAACCCACCUGUCUUACCAGCUCCUCAGAAGGCAGAUGCCAACCCAGAAGACUUUCUAGAGAUGUUGCCUCAGAAGCCUCGAAGGCAUUUCCGCCAGGGACCCCCCCACCUGCAAAUCAGAGCUCCCAACACAGUCCCCAAGGACAGGACACACGAUGACACCAAGGAGAGGGAGGCGGUCCAGGGGAAUGCUCAGCAAGAAGAAAACACGCAGAGGACGGUCAUCAGCUGGCGGGGAGCAGUGAUUGAACCUGAGCAGGGCACUGAACUCCCUUCGAGAAGACUGGAAGCCUCUAUGAAGCCUUCAUUGGCAGCCAGGGUGAAAAAAGAGCCAGUGCCCCUGAAUGAGCGCCAGAAGGGAGUGAUCGAGGCCUUCCUUCAUGCAUGGAAGGGAUACUGCAAGUUUGCUUGGGGUCAUGAUGAGCUGAAGCCCAUUUCCAGAACCUUCAGUGAGUGGUUUGGCCUGGGCCUCACCCUGAUCGAUUCCUUGGACACCAUGUGGAUUUUGGGUCUGAAAAAAGAAUUUGAGGAAGCCAGGAAGUGGGUGUCAGAGGAGUUAAAGUUUCAGAAAAACGUCGAUGUUAACCUGUUUGAGAGCACCAUUCGCAUCCUGGGGGGCCUGCUCAGCACCUACCACCUGUCAGGGGACAGCCUGUUCCUGAGAAAAGCCGAAGAUUUUGGAAAUCGGUUAAUGCCUGCCUUUGCCACACCCUCCAAGAUUCCUUACUCAGAUGUGAACAUCGGCACUGGAGUUGCCCACCCACCCCAGUGGACUUCAGACAGCACAGUGGCUGAGGUGACAAGCAUUCAGCUGGAGUUCCGAGAGCUCUCUCGUCUCACAGGAAUUAAGAAAUUCCAGGAGGCUGUAGAGGAGGUGACAAGGCACAUCCACUCUCUGUCUGGGAAGAAGGACGGGCUGGUGCCCAUGUUCAUCAACACACACAGUGGCCUCUUCACCCACCCGGGCGUGUUCACCUUGGGCGCCAGGGCUGACAGCUAUUACGAAUACCUGCUGAAACAGUGGAUCCAGGGCGGGAAGAAGGAGACACAGUUACUGGAAGACUAUGUUGCAGCCAUCCAGGGAGUAAGGACACACCUUCUAAGACGUUCCCAGCCUAGAAAGCUCACCUUCGUGGGAGAACUUGCCCAUGGCCGCUUUAGUGCCAAGAUGGACCACCUGGUGUGCUUCCUGCCAGGGACGCUGGCUCUGGGCGUCCACCAUGGCCUGCCGGCUGAUCACAUGGAGCUAGCUCAGGCACUCAUGGAAACCUGCUACCAGAUGAACCGGCAGAUGGAGACAGGGCUGAGCCCUGAGAUUGCACACUUCAACCUGUACCCUCGGGCAGAUCGGCAGGACGUGGAGGUCAAGCCGGCUGACAGACACAACCUACUGCGUCCGGAGACUGUGGAGAGCCUGUUCUAUCUGUACCGUGUCACAGGGGACCGCAAGUACCAGGAUUGGGGUUGGGAGAUCCUUCAGAGCUUCAACAAGUACACACGGGUCCCCUCGGGUGGCUAUUCUUCCAUCAACAAUGUCCAAGACUCCAACAAGCCUCAGCCCAGGGACAAGAUGGAGAGCUUCUUCUUGGGGGAGACACUGAAGUACCUCUUCCUGCUAUUUUCUGAUGACCCAGACCUACUCAGCCUGGACACCUAUGUGUUCAACACUGAAGCCCAUCCCCUGCCCAUCUGGGCCCCCGCUUAGGGGAAUAGCACCUGGCCUGGAGACUGUUGGAGGGAUGAGGUGGCCCUGUUGGGUCUGUGACAUUCACAGGCCCCCAUGGUGUUGGGCAGCUGCUAAGUGCAGGGUUUCUGACAAGCUGUGGGCCCCUCCUUUCUCCGCUGUUCUUCAGUGUGUUGUGAGGAACAAGAGUCAGAUCAGCAGGUUCAGGCUGAGCUAGUCUCAGAAGCCUGUGACCUUCUUGUCACCCAGAUCAGACUUGCUUCAUAAACCUGAACAAAACUGUUGGCCUGCUGCAGGGAGUCCUGUGGUAGUCCUAGGAUCUUUGGUCAACUCCUGGGGCUCCAGGGCCUAUGUUGAUUCAGAAUAGAGCCAAAGGCUGCGAGGCAGCUGCGUUUGGGCUGACAGUCUGUCAGUGUCAUGGUCCCCAGGUCUAGUGGGCCACUGUGACUUCAAGGGCCCUGUGGCUCUGGUGUUUACUGUUUGGACUCAGGGAUCCUCCUGGCAGCCCUAAGGGCCUGCAGGGGCUGGGAUGGCAAAUUUGUCUUGCUCCCAGGUUGUCCCAGCACAAUGUGACUUCCCAGUUGAAAUGAGUGGACUUGGUUUCACUGUGACAGGUCCUGUGUAUGCAAGGGGGUCUCUAGACCGGAAAGUCGGGACUGUCCUUGGAAAGCAGUUCUCUGGAUCCCACCUGUUUGCCCCCUAUGCUUAGAGCUGCUGCCCAUUGCUAGCAGGAACAGAGCUGACUUUGGGGGGUUACGCAGUCUCUUCCAUGGGUCUUGUGAAGGUCUGCUGCUCCUGCUGCCACCUACUGGUGGGUUGGUGGAAGUACAUGUGUACAUGAGGGACAACGUGUUUGGGAGUAGCUGCUGGGUAUGGUCAGCGUCUCUGCCACACCCUUCUUGGAGUCCGUGUUUGUGCCUUGCUGACUUGGACACGAGGGCAAAGUAGGCCUCAUCCUCAUUCUUUUGUUCUUGUCAGUGGGUGACCCUGGGCUCUGGUGGGGAUCCCCAUCUCAUACAAGGGCAACUCCUUUGCUUUUUCAUUUCUGGAAAUUCCAAGCCCUGAUAGCAUGGGGCAGGGCUGCAGGCUUCUCAAGGCUCUGGUUCCUGAGGUUAGGCAGGACAUGCUUCCUGCCCAUCUGCAGCUCAGAGUGUCUCAGUGGUAGCCAUCCUGUGCCUCCUGGCCACACGUACAGUAGGGGUUUCCUAUCAUAUUCUUGCACCCCAGCCCAGGAAGGACCUAGCUGGUGAUGUGUCCUCAGCCUCAUGGCUCUUGUAUCCACACUCAGACCACUCUGGCACUUAACCACACUGAGCUGUUUCCCCUCGACCCUCUCCUGACCCCAUGCUGCCCUCCUGGUUUUGGGGACUCCAGGCUAGUGAAUGGCAAACCUGGACAGUGAGUGCACUUUAGCAUUCCAGCUGUGGGCAGGGCCUGAGCAGCCAAGGGAAGUGCACAUUCUCCAUGUCAGGCCUUGAUCUCCCAAACAGAUAUGCACUGAAGGAAGUGCCAAAGGCCUGGGCCAUGGGGACAGCAACUGUCCUGUGACCCUCUGACCCACAGCAACCUCUCAAAGGGUUGGUCCAUAGAGUUGGGAACUGUUGCCGGGCAUAGUGGAGCCACCAGUGAGAACAGUCCUAGGAGGGGAGGCUGUGAAAGCAGAUCUUCCUCCCUGUUGCCCUGAGGCACCAAAUGAGGCCAAGCAGCCUGUGCUUUAUUAAAUAUCUGACUGGUCUCAGCA